AUGGAAGUCCCCAAAUUUGGCAGCUUCAAGCCCAAGAAGAGGAUUGUAGCGGAGGAGGACGUUAAAUCAUCAACCAGAGAAAAGAAAAGCUCGUCCAAACAGACAUCUUCACAUGGCGUGGAUAAACGGCAUCACUCGAGGGAACAUCAUCGACGGAAUGAUGAUGGCAAGCGUGAGAGACGACGUCGAGAUGAUCGAAGACAUUCCCAAGACCGAGAAAUCAGCCCCAAGCAUGACCAUCAUCGAUUGAAGCAAGCUGGAAACGACCAAUCCCUUGCAAGCAGGCAACAUGAACGGGAAGAAUCGGAUCUCUUCAUCAUCGWCCGUCGAGGAGAUGCCAAGAAUGUGGAAUAUGGAAGUUUGCAUCGUUAUAGUGUGCCGGCCUACCGACGGACGGGUUAUGGCCAUCUCAUCGGCGGGCCAUCCUGGACAAAGAUUGACCGCGAAAGCAGCACCGACAAGGAAGUCGGUCUCGUCAGUUCCMUUCCAACCCAACGCGAGAACCAAAAGGUCGCCAGGUUAUUGUCGUCCAAGUACGGUCGAAGUGGUGAGACGAGACUGAAAUUUAUAUCUCCUGCCGAACCCGAACCACAGCAUGACGAACCAAGCGACUUCAUCCCACUGACGUCUUCCAAAAAGCGGAAGCGCGGUGCCGACUCACCAGAAAUUGAUGGCGGGGUGGACUACAGAUCGAUUGAAGGCAAAGCCAAGGCCAGCAACAAACCCGCAGAUGAGGAUGUAACAUACGCAUCGGACUCUGAUGCCGCCGAGCACACCAAUCUAGAUCUUCGUGCGAGGCAGGAAAGUGCUCUCCUCUCCAAAACAGCAAAGGCCGAUCCUCUCAAUCUCGAUGCAUGGCUGGCACUGUCCAAACAUCAGAGUCAACUCAUCCGCCCGGCUGUAGAUCCCGCCAUCUUCACGACUUCGGAAAGGACGACCUUGGCCGAACUGCGACUCGCCAUCCUCAACCAGGCCGGAAAGCAUAUUUCUCCCGGAAAGCUGGGCCGCGAACGACUGUUGCUCGCAUUGAUGGAAGCAGGCACUCCGAUAUGGGAUCAGACGAAGUUGGCCGCCAAAUGGGGCGAAGUUCUCAAAGAGUGUCCAUCUAGCAUCCUGCUGUGGACGAGWUACAUGGACUUUGUACAAUACGAUUACUCCUCCUUCCACUACGAUACCUGUAGAGAUGCCUACUUGAAAUGGCUGCACAUCCUCAGGACCACCCACGAACAAUCAAGCGGAGAAGAGAGGACACAAAUCUCCCACACCCAAAUCUAUGCGUUGUUGAGAUUCACAUCCUUCAUACGCGACGCCGGUUAUGACGAACUGGCCAUCGCAAUCUGGCAGAUUCUGCUCGAAUUUCACUUCAUGCUGCCCAAACAGUUGGAGACGAGCAGUUUGGAAGCUCGGAUUGAAAGUCUGGAAGACUACUGGGAUAUUGAAACUCCUCGGAUUGGGGAAGAAGACGCCAUGACUUGGGCCAAGUUCGAUGAAUUGGGUCCCAGUCAUGCAACUCCAAGACCACCCAUCACCCUCCAUCAUGACGCUCCAUCUACAGAGGAAGCAAAGCUCACGAGGGAAUUCAUCCUCCCUGCUUCCACCGAACACGAAGAUGCCACCGUCGACCCCUUCCGAUGCGUCAUGUUCAAUGACCUUCGAGAUGUGGUGGAAUGUUUGAGCAUGAAUCUACCGAAACGAGAUCUCAUCAGCGCUUUUCUGCAUUUCACAGGACUCCCACCACUCCCUCACGCAGAAUCUCACACCCAAGCAUGGUUAUCCGAUCCCCAUCUCGCCAUCGUAUGCGACGAUAUCAAAAUCCACUCUCACCGACAAACAACCCUCACUCUAUUCCAAGACGCUUUCGAGCCCUUCAACAACCUCCACCCAUCAUCAUCAACCGAGAAUAAUAGCCUCGCAAGAUUCAUCGAUCGAGUCUUGCAAACCCUCCUCACAACCCAACAUUUAAGAGAAGAUGACAUCCUCCACGAAUACCACCUCGCCUUCAAAACCACCCUCUUCCCCCCCUCAGCCCCCAAACUCGCCAAAACCCUCCUCAAAUCCCACCCAACAAACCUCCGCCUCUACAACGCCUUCGCCCUAAUUUCCGCCCGCUCCAACGAAAAUCUCAACAAAGCCCUACAAGUCUGGACCGCAGCUCUGACACUCCUCCCUAAACUCCCUCCAGAAGCACAAAAAGACGCCAUCCUUCUCUGGCAUUCUCGUUUCCUCACACAAAUCUCCCAGCAGAAUGAGCAGACUGCAAUGGAGACUUUACUAACCACCAUCAUCAUCGACACGGGAUCAGAAACCCACAACAACCCCACCACAACAACCCAACAUCUCCGUCUCCGCCGGCACCUCGAAACGAAAUUCGACCAAAUGCACCUCUCCCACAACUUCUCCCAUGCAAUUCUAUAUUCCAACCUCCUAGCCUGGCUCACCUACCUCAUUCUAUCCCCUCAGGACCUCCAAGCGACUCUCGAAAUUUAUAAUUCCCACCUCACAACCCUCAUCCGCUCGGGAGGGUCUUCUGCGGCGGUAGAAGAACUUCAACAAUUGAAAACUCACCUCCUAACCCACCACCUCGUUGUCCACCAUCGACCAUAUACCCCCUCGAUAAUCCAAAAGGAGAAAUCCCACGCAAAGGAACUAUUUCCUAACAAUAGCAUUUUCCGGGAAAUCUCUGACAGAAUUGAGGGGAUGGGGAAUCGAUUGCGGAGUGUGUUAAUGUCGGAAGCAAAGAAGAAGACGAUGGGAGACGAGAGCGAUGAUGAUGAUGAUGAUGAUGAUGAUGAUGGGGUAUUGAUUGUGGAAAUAUGUUAUGAAUUCCAGCGCGAAUUCUUCCGCUUGCAAAAAUUGGAAGGAGAAGGAAAUGGAGGAGGAGGAGGAGGAGGGGAACAAAUCCUCCGGGCGAAAUUUCGAAAGGCACUUCUCGGACCUAGGGGAACAACGGGGAGAUUUUGCGUGGGACUUUGGAAGGCUUGGAUGGAAUUUGAAGUUUCUAGGAGAAGUGGAGAUGAUGAAGAGAGGAAGAGGAGGGUUAGGGAAGUCUGGUUUGAGGGUUUAAGAGCGCUGCCUGGGAAUUUGGGAUGGGGAGUUUUGGGGUUGAGGAUGCUGGGGAUGCUGGGGGAAGGGCAGAGAGGGAGAGUUUUGGAGGGGAUGGUUGGGAGGGGGUUGAGAGUUUCUCUUGGUGGUUGUGGUGGUGGUGGAGAUGGAGACGGGAGGUGA